UGCCUGUCUGUCUCUCCCCAGAUCAAAGAUGGCGAUGUCCGUGUUCUCAGGCGUGCGCCUCCUCUCCAUCGGAGACGCCAAUGGAGACAUACAACGACAUUCAGAGCAGCAGCCUUUGCGACUGGAGAUCAAAACCAACCAAGACGCGGCUCUUAUAAGUCUCUCGAACAAUGAGGAAACAUGUGUGUUUAAGUGUUCGGUGUCGCGGGAGACAGAGUGCAGUCGUGUUGGGAAGCAGUCCUUCAUCAUUACUCUGGGUUGUAACAGUGUCCUCCUGCAGUUUGCAUCUCCAGCAGAUUUCUCAUCAUUCUAUAACCUCUUAAAAAACUGCCGUGGACACAGGGGUGAACGUUCAGUCUUCAGUGAAAGGACAGAGGAGUCCUCAGCUGUACAGUAUUUCCAGUUUUAUGGCUACCUCUCUCAGCAACAAAACAUGAUGCAGGAUUACGUCCGAACUGGAACAUAUCAACGGGCCAUCCUCCAGAACCACACUGACUUCAAGGAUAAAGUGGUGUUGGAUGUUGGUUGUGGCUCUGGGAUUCUGUCAUUUUUCGCAGCUCAGGCCGGAGCCCGUAAAGUCUAUGCUGUGGAGGCCAGCACCAUGGCUCAACAUGCAGAGGUGCUUGUGAACAGUAACAGGCUGACAGAACGUGUUCUAGUGAUUCCUGGGAAAGUGGAGGAGGUGACCCUACCUGAGCAGGUGGACAUUAUCAUCUCUGAACCCAUGGGCUACAUGCUGUUCAAUGAAAGGAUGCUGGAGAGCUAUCUACAUGCCAAGAAAUUCCUCAAGCCGAGUGGCAAAAUGUUUCCCACCAUUGGAGACGUUCACAUCGCACCUUUCACAGAUGAGCAGCUUUACAUGGAGCAGUUUACAAAGGCCAAUUUCUGGUACCAGCCAUCUUUCCAUGGGGUGGACUUGUCUGCGCUUAGAGGAGCUGCAGUAGAUGAGUACUUCAGACAGCCUAUUGUGGACACUUUUGACAUCAGGAUCCUGAUGGCAAAAUCAGUGAAAUAUACAGUCAACUUUUUAGAAGCUAAAGAAGAGGAUCUUUACAAGAUAGAAAUCCCCUUCAAAUUCCACAUGAUGCAUUCAGGGCUUGUGCACGGGCUGGCUUUCUGGUUUGACGUGGCAUUCAUAGGAUCAGCGGUGACAGUGUGGCUCUCUACUGCUCCCACAGAACCCCUCACUCACUGGUACCAGGUGCGCUGUCUGCUGCAGUCACCUCUCUUUGCCAAGGCAGGUGAUACCAUGUCAGGCACUGCGCUUCUAAUUGCCAACAAGAGACAAAGCUAUGACAUUAGUGUUGUUGCUCAAGUAGACCAGACAGGUUCCAAGUCCAGCAAUCUACUUGAUCUCAAGAACCCCUUCUUCCGGUACACAGGCACAACACCGGCCCCUCCUCCAGGUUCACACUAUUCCUCCCCCUCCGAGAACAUGUGGAAUACUGGGGGUACUUACAGCAUGAGCCAAGGGAUGCCUGCAGCCUAUGACCUCAGCACUGUCAUUGGUGGCAGUGGGUCAGCUGUGUCCCACAACAAUCUCAUCCCCCUUGGUACAGACAUGCAUGCAUUGAACACUGGGAUUGUGAACCAUACUCACUCCAGAAUGGGCUCAAUUAUGAGCACAGGAAUCGUCCAGGGGGCCACAACUGCCCAGCAGGGUCCCAGCAGCAGCAAUCCACAUUACCCCGUCACCAACCAGUUCACCAUGGGUGGCCCUGCUAUCUCCAUGGCAUCUCCUAUGGCCAUCCCCAGCAACACCAUGCACUAUGGGAGCUAAGGCCAUUGGAUGGCCUCUGCAUGUCCAGACCCUCACCCCUAACCCCCCUCUCCAAACCGACCGCAGCCAAAUUCAGAAUACCAAAACAAGCGCACCAGUCUCUGAUCAUCACUUUAUACUCUCACUAUACAUACAGUAUAUAGAUAUACAUGUAUACGAAUAUAUAUUCUACAUUCUGUCUCUUUCUCUCACUGGUGUUUUAUUCGUACAUAUCCGUCCUGCGACGCUAUAACGUCAGCACAUGCACAGACAUUUGGCCAGUCAAUAAGUUUGAGGUGUGUCACUGUAACUCUUCCCCCACUAUAACACACAGCACCUGCUCCACAACCAGCCACUUGGCAGCAGCACUUGUUUGUAAGCAUGCUGAAAAAGCACAAACCAGAGACUCAAAACCCAGUGGAACAGAACUCGACUGGAAGAUUGGUCGCUGACAACGGGACAAUAUAUAUAUAUAUAUAUAUAUAUAUAUAUAUAUAUAUAUAUAUAUAUAUAUAUAUAUAUAUAUAUAUAUAUAUAUAUAUAUAUAUAUAUAUUUUUUUUUUUAUAUACAAAUGCUUUACAGGUGUGCACAUGUUUCCUUGUCAAAGUCCCACCAUUUUUAAGGCACACAUGGACAUUAAUUCAAGAUCUUUUGCAGGAUCUUGUCACUAUUCCUAAAACUCUGAAUCCGUUCUGCUCCAUUGAAACUACACUUUGCUGUCGGCUUUUAAGUUUCCCAUGACAUCGACAAGCCGUUGCAUCUCUAUUCAUUCAGCAUGGACUUUAGACAGCCACCUUGACUCACCUAGAUGUUUGUAACCUCCCAUCGCUCACCAGAAGUGAUGGACACAUGCUGUAGAUGCUCGCAAAUCUCUGGUGGAACCUGCCUGUAGACCCAAUAGCAUUGAUGGAGAUCAUCUUACUUCUCGUUCCAUAUAUGACUGUGUUCAUUGAGUGCUUUUAAAGUAGUGCAGUCCCAGAUUGUAUGUUGCUUGGUGUUCCCUGAGGUGAAUCCGGAGCAUGGUUUAUCAAGACCACUUCUGUCAAUUACCUACCACAACAUCACGCAGAUCUGACUCUUAUAAUUGACAAAUGAAUUUAGUCAGCCAGUUUAUGAGGACAAAAAGGUUUCAGGAAAAUAAGAUCAGUCCCAAACCCUCUGCUACCUGCCAAGGAGGACCACGGAAGGCUAGGAAGGACAGUCAGCAUUGGAGGGAGGAUGACAGAAGGAUGAAUGAUAUAAACGGUGAGGUCUGUGGACACACGGAACCGCUACAGCAGUAAUGCUGUUUUGGAAAUGCAGUAUCCUAGUUUACAUCCCCAAACCCUUUCUUGUCAACUUCUGUGUGUUGUGAGACUUGUUGGGGGAUUUUAGAGGAGAUUUAAGUUCCUGACUAGCCAUAACUCUCCUCAUCGUUUCCUUACUCUCACUCUCCCUCCUUUACUUCAUACGCUGGGGAAAUGAAACUCCCUGCAAAGACUUAAGUUGUAAGCAUUGCUUCCAGUCACACAUUUUCAGUUAAUUUGGGUUUGAUUUAGCAACUAUCAUGAGAUAAAGCCAUGCCUGCUAGUUUGUAGAAUACAUUUUUUUUUCUUUCACAGAAAGCAACAGACAAAAAAAGAGCUAAUUAAAUCCUAAAAAGUGUGGCUACUUGCAGUAGCAUUCUAUUUUUUAUUUUGUGUGUGUUUUUGUUGUUGCAUAGUCCUUUGCAAAUCCAAUAUGGUGCAAAAACAUGUAGAGAUAAAAACAGAAAUUUAUGGUUUGGACAUAUGUAAUCAGCAUUUGUUGAAUUUUUGGGUAAUGCAUAAACGGGUACAUGGCUUAAGAUUUAUUAUUGUCUGCUUCCAAAUGAAGCAAAAUAUCCUAAUGGGAUACCCAGAAAUGAAACCUCUUGUCAUUAUUUACUCACCCCAUCUUGUUUGGCAACCACAUUUCUUUAUAUCCUCUGUGGAACACAAAAGGGGAAAGUUUCCUUACAAUAAGACUGACAAUUUACUCUAUAGUUGUCCAUAUUGUCCAGCUUGGCCAUUUUUCAACAUUUCUUCUUGUGUGAAAAAGUCAUACAGGUAUGGAUCGGUGCAGUGAGGGUGACAGAAUUUUUGGUGAACCAUUCCUUUUUAGACAAAAACUGAGCACUAUUAGCCACACCUGUACACCUACAUAUUCAUGUAAUUAUCUAAUCAGCCAAUCAUGUGGAAGCAGUGCAUAAGAUCAUGCAGAUACGGGUCAAGAGCUUCAGAUGUUAUUCACAUCAACCAUUAGAAUGGAGGAAAAAUUUGAUAUCAUUGAUUUCGAUCAUGAUAUGAUUGUUUGUGAUUUGAGUAUUUCUGUAACUGCUGAUCUCCUGGGCUUUUCAUACACAACAGCCUCUAGUGUACUUAAAAACACCCAGAGCGUGGCCGUUCUGCACAUGGAACGCUUUGUUGAUGAGAGAUGUAAAUGGAGAAUGGCCAGAUACGUUUGAGCUGACAGAAAGGCUUUGGUAACUGAUAGCCACUGUACAAUUGUAGAGCGCAGAAUAGCACCUCAGAAAGCACAACACGUCGAACCUUGAGGUGGAUGGGCUACAACAGCAGAGCACGUUGGGUUUCACUUCUGUCAUCCAAGAACAGAAAAUUGAGGCUGCAGUGGGAUCAGGAUCACCAAAACUGGAAAAAAUUUAUCCUGGUCUGAUGAAUCUCGAUUUCUGUUUAGGCACACAGAUGGGGUCGUAAUUUGGCACCAACAGCAUGAAUCCAUAGACCCAAACUACCUUGGUGUAAUGGUGUGGGGAAUGUUUAACUGGCACACUUUGAGCCUGUUAAUACCAAUCAAUCAUUGCUUGAAUGCCACAAACUAUUUGAGUAUUAUUGCUGACCAUGUACAGCCCUUCUUGGAUGUACAUGGUCAGCAAUAAUACUAGUAUCUUCUAAUAAUAAUAGUAUCUUAUAAUGGCUACUUCCAGCAUGAUAAUGCAUCAUGUCACAAAGCAAAAGUCAUCUCAAACUGGUUUCAUGAACAUGACUUCCCUGUUUUUCAGUGGCUUUCCCAGUCACAAGAUCUGAAUCCAAUAGAACACAUUUGGGAUGCGGUAGAAUGGGAGAUUUGCAGCAUGAAUGUGUAUCUGACAAAUCUGCAGAAAUCGCUUGAUUUGAACAUGGACCAGAGUCUCAAAGGAAUUUUAUACAAGAUCUUGUGGAAUCCAUGCCACAAAGAAU